AUGUCUAUCGUCGCUGAAUUCUUGUCCAAUGGCUUCGGGCCCCUACCAAGACUCGGAGAUAUUCUGGGAAAGAAGAUUACCCAUAACGUCGAAGAGGACGACUUGGAAGUGUGGGAUAAGGGAAUCUUCAUCAACGAGCUCUUGAAGCAAGGCAUUGCCUUCAACACGGGCAAGAACGGCGAUGUCGAUGGCAGCCUUGCCGCGCCCAGAGGUCUCAGGCAGGGAACGUACAAAGGUACAAGGAUGGCGUUGACCGAGAUAUACAGCUUGAUUGAAGAGGCUGUAGUAUCCCACCUCGAUGUUCGGGGCUUCGAGCCCAUUAUUCCUAGAAAGAGAGACCUUUCCCAGAAGCAAGAUGUAUACAAGUGGAGCAAUGAUGCUUACCCGCCUCAUCUACUGAUCAUCCCUGCGGGGCAAGAGGAAGGACCGACGGGAGUUGGCGACAUAUUCAAUGCGCAAGAAAAAGCUUCUGUUGGCCAGAUUGCAACGGUGUUUGGGUUCAUCAUACCCGAGGUCAUCGAUGCAAGAGGAACGCCAUUCGAGGGGCCAACAUUGGCAGAAUGCGAGCAGUACAACCGAGAGCACCCAAGUCCGAAGACCGACAUCAUGAAUGGCGAGAACAUCGGCAACUUGGCUGACUGGUACUCCGAUGCGCGUUUUGCUCAACAACAUCUAAGCGGGGUCAAUCCGUCGACUAUCGAAGCGGCACAAUCCGAGAAGGUGGAUAUGUACAUCGCGGAAGCUGAGAAACAGGGACUUGAUGGCAUGAGUAAGUUACUCUCGGAGGGCACCGACCUGUUCAUUCAAGACUAUUCCUACUUCCGAGAAGCCAUGAAGUUGAGCGACAAAGAGCCAGAAUAUCGGAACAUCGUGCCGGAGAUGACAGGCCCCAAAGGCGACCAACCGACCGGGAAGAUGGUGUUCCGCUACGGUUGCGCGCCCGUUGUGAUAUUCCAGCUACACUGCGACGGACGACUGCAUCCACUGGCCAUCACCGUCGAUCACAAGGGCAAUCUCGAUAAGUCCAUAACCCUCUUCAACCAACGUUUGACCCCCGAUGCAACGGGCGAAAUCGAUGAGAAAGACGACUGGGCAUGGAGAUACGCCAAAACCUGCGCCCAGACCGCCGACUGGGCGAGGCACGAAGUCGCCACACAUCUUGUGGACACGCACAUGGUGGAAGAAGCGAUCAUUGUAGCUACAAACCGUACGAUCCCCGAGGAUCACAUUCUUUACGAGACCUUGAGUCCGCACUGGUUCAGGACUUUGGCCGUGAACAAGGCUGCCCGCGACACUCUGGUUCCGGCUGUUGUAGCUCGCCUUGCCGGGUUUGGCCCUACUAUCGAUCCGAAGACGAGCCGUGUGAUGGACCUCCUCGACUGGUCAUAUAAAAACUUCAACUUCCAGGACAAGUACAUCCCUAACGAUCUGAAGAAGCGCGGGUUCAAAACCGAAGCCUUGACAGAGCGAAAGUACCGCAACUACCCUUACGCCACCGACAUGUACCUACUGUGGGGAGUUAUCCACGACUUUGUUAAGUCUGUACUAGGGACCAAGUACAAAUCGGAUGCUGAUGUUCGGAGGGACCCGUACAUCGCGGACUGGUGCAAGGAGCUCCAGACAAACGGUCAAAUCCCCAGCUUCCCAACCAUCACAACGCUGGUUCAGCUGAUCGAUGCUACCACCAUGUGCAUUCAUACCGCCUCGCCCCAGCAUACAGCAGUCAACUACCUUCAGGACUACUACUACAGCUUCGUCCCUGCCAAGCCUCCUGCGCUCUGCACACCGCUCCCGAAGGACCUUGCAACGCUGCAAAAGUACACCGAAGCAGACCUCACAGCUGCGCUCCCCAUUGGAACUGAGGGCCCGAAGUGGAAAGACUGGCUGCUGGCGGCCCAGCUUCCCGAGCUCCUGAGCUACAAAGUCGACGGCCGCUACAAUUUGAUGACGUAUGCGAAGUCACUAUACAACAUCAACAAGAGCCGCACAAACUUCGAGAACAGGGAAUGGGAUUCUAAGACCAUCAAGUCAGCCGCUGCUUUGUUAUACAGCAGGCUCAAGGAGCUCGACACUAUCUUCAAACACGUGAGUGAUAGGCAGACAGAAGGUACCAUCGAGUACCUGGUGUUGCAGCCGGAGGUUACUGCUGUUUCGAUCCUAAUCUGA